GAAACAACCGGGGCGUGUCUCUAAGUCAGAUGUCUCCUUUCUGUCACCAGUCCCGUGUUUUGUGUCAUGCAGCUACAGAACUAGCGGUUCAAACCAGCUGAUUAUUAUUAAGUAGUGCUUGCUACAUUUAUUAGCUAGUGUGAACAAAACAACUAAAGACCCACCAUGGCGCUCAGCGAUGCGGACGUACAGAAACAGAUCAAACAUAUGAUGGCCUUCAUUGAACAGGAGGCCAAUGAGAAAGCAGAAGAAAUUGAUGCGAAGGCAGAAGAGGAGUUCAACAUUGAGAAAGGCCGUCUGGUACAGACCCAGAGGCUCAAGAUUAUGGCGUAUUAUGAGAAAAAAGAAAAGCAGAUUGACCAGCAGAAAAAAAUUCAGAUGUCCAACCUGAUGAAUCAGGCCAGACUGAAGGUGUUAAAGGCUCGUGAUGACAUGAUUGCGGAUCUGUUAACUGAGGCCCGUCAAAGGCUAGCCAACAUCGCAAAGGACCCCGCCCAGUACUCUGCCUUGUUGGAGGGACUAGUGUUGCAGGGUUUCUACCAGCUGCUGGAGCCUAAAGUUACCAUUCGCUGCCGGCAGCAAGAUGUUGCCAUGGUGCAGGCUGCCGUGCAGAAAAACAUCCCUAUUUAUAAAGAAGCUGUGAAGGGCGACAUUCAGGUCCAGAUUGACCGAGACCGGUUCCUUUCACCAGACAUCUCUGGAGGCAUUGAGGUGUACAACAACAAUGGGAAGAUUAAAGUAUCCAAUACUCUGGAGAGCAGGCUAGACCUCAUGGCCCAGCAGAUGAUGCCUGAGGUCAGAGUGGCUUUGUUUGGUGCCAACCCCAACCGUAGGUUUUUGGACUAGCAGUUGGAAAAACAAACUGAAUAUGUGGAAAGUUGAGUAGCCAAAGAACACCCUUGUCUCAGUGACAUUGGUUUACUGAGGGAAUGGUCAUAACACCCAAGGCCUUCUAAGUGGAUUUCGAAUGAUCUUCCCAACUUUAAGCACUUCUCCUUGUAAUCUUCCAAAGAAACUGAGACAAAAUAUGAGGGAUAAUGUCUGCUGACUGUUCCUAACGGUUGGCGGCUUUCACGGGAGUUUCAUCCUACUUCCUCAGCUUAACACGCUUCCCUCCAAUCACUACAGGUCAGUUAGCUUGUGCCUUUUCUCUCCCUUGAGGAAUAAUGCAGGUUUCAUUUGUUUACAGUAAGGUCUCCACACCCCUGACAGGGUGCCUGCUGCUGUAUAACGUCUGCUUGUGUGUUUUAUGUGUUAAAGGGAAUAUGUUGAAUUGAAGAAUGGAUGUAUUUUACUGUUACUUAACCCAUGUGAUAAAUAAAUAUGCAACACAAAUGUGAA